UUGACUUUUACUUUAUUUCAGUACCAAAAUCCAGGAUGGCACUCAGCAACGCCCCAAAAGUCCUCUUCCUGGACACCAUCAAGCUCGCAAAGUCACAGUUAUCAUCGUUCAGCAAGAUCGCCAACGUCAUCCCAAACACCAGCAAAACGCGAGAAGAGUUCCUUCAUGAUCUCGGUACAAAAUACAAGGAUGUCACUGGCAUUUACAGGCACUUUAAAGCUUCUGAGUCUAUCAAAAUAACCGGUCGAUUUGAUGAGGAGCUCGUCUCUAAACUUCCUUCAAAUCUUAAAUUCAUUGCCCAUAACGGUGCUGGUUACGAUCAAAUCGACAUCCCUCCCUGUACCGCCCGCAACAUCCAAGUCUCCAACGUUCCCUCCGCCGUCGACAAUGCCACAGCAGACACCGCCAUGUUCCUCCUCCUCGGUGCCAUCCGCAACUUCUCCAGCGCCCUUUUACAUGCCCGUCAAGGUACAUUCAACUCUCAACUCCCUCUCUCCCACGAUCCCCAAGGAAAAGUACUUGGUAUCCUCGGUAUGGGCGGCAUCGGUUCAGCUUUGGCUAGAAGGGCAAAGCCUUUCGGCUUAAAGGUGCAAUACCAUAACCGAAGGCGACUGACAGAAGAAAAAGAGAAGGAAACAGGGGCGACGUAUGUUGAGAACAUGGACCAGCUCCUCGCGACUUCCGAUAUUGUCUCGCUCAACCUUCCUCUCACCGCCGCUACCAAACAUCUCAUCUCUGACGACACAUUCUCUAAAAUGAAACCCACAUCUAUCCUUAUCAAUACCGCUCGAGGUCCUAUAGUCGAUGAAGCCGCCCUUGUACGGGCCCUCGAAUCAGGCAAGAUUGCAGGCUGUGGUCUGGACGUGUACGAGAACGAACCGCAGAUCACAAAGGAGCUGUUGGAUCACCCUAAUGCACUUUGUUUGCCGCAUGUUGGAACGGUGACGGUGGAGACACAAACGGAGAUGGAAGCAGUUUGUUUGAGGAAUCUGGAACAUGGUUUAAAGACAGGCAAACUGGCGUUUACGGUGCCAGAGCAGGCACAUAUGUUGUAAGGGAUAGAUCCUCUUUUUGAAUGAUCAUAUGCGUUGGACAUUAUAUGGGGAGAUAUACAUUAUGGAUACAGAUCUGCGCUCCAUGCGCUGACUUUCGGAUUCGUAGCACUGAUCACUACUGUUAGCGCCCCUUACCCCACUCAGACAUUCGGUACCAACCGUUCAAUUGCUUGAUUCGGCCCUAGUGCUCUAGGCCCGAUAUCCUCAGAGUCGCGGAACUGCCAUGUCCCUCUCGGUGCUGACCACUCUGUAGACUCGUUGGGACCUCAGAAUGAAAGGAUAUGGAUGGCAGUAGGCUAACAAGGUACAAUCAAUUAACUCUCAACGUCAUCCAACACCCGCCUUCUUCAGAUAACUCACAGUGAAACUGCUCAACAACACAUUAUUCCCAUCAAACCUCACUUCAGGCAUCAUUUGCAUGUCCAUAUCGAUCUCUAGAAUUGCCGCAUUCUGAUCGUUCGGGAACGAUGUGCGUUCAUGCAUU